AUGCACAACUAUAGAAGCGGGGAAAAUCAUACUAACGAGAUUAUUCAAGCACAGAUGUGGUUCGGUGCAAUCGGGGGUGGCAAAAAAAGUUUCAACCAUCAUAAAUGUUGGGAGGUGGUGAAAUAUUGCAAACGCUUCAUAAUUAUUCACACGGGUCCCAAGGUUAUGUUAAACGAGUCGCCACUCCAUGAUUUAAUGACAUCGGAUUCACCUAUCAAUUCCCCUAUGAGUCAAGACUCACCCAUAGAAAAGGAGUCGAGGCUCAUUGGCCGAAAGGCUGCGAAAGCAAAGAAAGCAGGUAAUUCGAGCAAUAAUAAUUCAAAGUUUUGGAGGAAAUUGCAAGGCAAAACGCUAUAA